UUCCCCUCCUAAACCUCUCCCCAUUCCCUCGCAAAACCCUCGUCUCCUCCACACUCUGCUCUUCUCGCAAACCCUAAUCCCACGCGCGGCCACCUCCCAUGGCGCGCUCGACCUCCCUCACCGAGGCGGAGGCGGGGAUCACCUGCUUCGCCUCCUCCCUCCCGGGCUUCCGCGGCGUCCUCAAGCACCGCUACUCCGACUUCAUCGUCCACGAGGUCGCCCGCGACGGCUCCGUCGCCCGCCUCACCUCCUUCGAUCUCCCCGACGAGUGCGUGGAUGUGAGUGAGGAGGACAAGGCGGCGCCGUCCGCCGACGCGGACCACUCGCAGGCCCUCGAGUCGUUCCGUGCGCUCUGUGGCGAUGCGGAUUGCGACGCGUUGAAGGGGCUCCUCGAGAAGGCGUCCGCGGGGGCUGAGGCUGAUGUAUCGCCGGUUAUUCUCUCGCCGGACGCCGAUAAGGCUCAUCGAUCGGAGGUGCAUAAUUUCUUCAAGAGGAGCUUCAAGUUUUUGGUCACCGACACGGUCGAACACAAUGAUGGAGUUCAGAGAUGCAUUAGGGUGCGGCUGGGAUCAGGAGCUAGGGGAGGGCGGGGUGGCGGUGGGAGAAGUGGUGGUGGGAGGGGAAGGAAGAGGAAGAACAUGGGUGGUUCUGAUUGGAGAGAUGACAGGCCAUUUGAUAGCAGAGGAUCAACUAGCUGGCCAAAUCAUGUUGGGAAGUUCCUAAGGUUUCACCUUUGCAAAGAGAACAAGGACACACAAGAAGCGUUAGGAGUAAUUGGGAAAAUGUUAGGACUUCAGUCACGUUCAUUCGGGUUUGCAGGGACAAAAGAUAAACGUGCUGUUACAACACAACAGGUGACUGUUUUCAAGAUAUCAGCCAACAGAUUGGCUGCACUUAAUAAUCGACUAUUUGGAAUUAAAGUUGGAAACUUUAGUUAUGUGAAGGAGGGACUUGUUCUUGGUCAACUAAUGGGAAAUCGAUUUACAAUUACUCUGAGGGGUGUUGUUGCAGAAUCAGAAGACAUAAUAAAGGCUUCUGUGGAGGGCUUAGGAAAGAAUGGAUUUAUCAACUACUAUGGGUUGCAGCGUUUUGGAAGUGGUUCAGUACCUACUCACCUUGUUGGAGCUGCUUUGCUUAGAGGAGAGUGGAGAAGUUCUGUAAAUUUGAUUCUUGAUCCAAGGGAAGGAGAGAGAGAUGACAUAAGGGAGAUGCGUGAACAUUACAAGGAGCAUGGUGAUAUUGAUAUGGCACUAAGGAACUUCCCUCGACAUCUUGUAGCCGAGAAGGCUAUUCUUCAAUGUUUGAAGAAAUGCCCUGGUAACUAUCUGCAAGCAUUAAAGAGUAUACCAAGAACAUUACGAAUGAUGUACGUUCAUAGUUACCAAAGUUACCUCUGGAACCAUGCUGCCAGUGCCAGAGUUGAAAAAUAUGGCAUUUCGCAGGCUGUAGAAGGUGACUUAGUUUAUAGCAAAGAGCCCCCUCCUGGAGAAGCAACUUCAGUUGAUACUUCAGAACCUUGCGAUGACCAAAUAAAUUCAUCUGAUAUUGAUCUAUGUUCUGAGACACUUCCAGAAGAAACAAUCCAGUCUGUGAAGAUAGUUGAUUCUGAAGAUUUAUUGAAGGGUGUCUACACAUUUGAAGAUGUUGUCCUUCCUUUGCCUGGUUCGCAAGCAUUAUUUCCUGGAAACGGAAUUGCUGACAUUUAUCAUGAAUUGGCUAAAAAGGAUGGCAUUAGCUUGACAGAGAAUGCACAUGGUGUCAAGGAGUUUUCAAUUACAAGCAUGAAAGGAGGUUAUCGGCGGGUGUUCCAGCGGCCUAUUGAUUUUGAGUGGGAACUCAUGACUUAUACAGAUGACACAGCAUCUUUAGCAGAAACUGAUUUGGAUGUUCUGUCCAGAAACAAACCUACAAAAGCCAAGGAAGUAAAUGAGACUAUAUCUAGCGCGAUUUCAAAUGCUCAAUCACAUGAUUCCAAGGUGGCAGGACCAUUGGAUAGCUCUAUGCCAGGUAGUGAAACUGGCUUAGUAGAGGAAAAGUCUGUCGGUAGCUCAGAUAUGUUAGCAAGGAAAUUGGCCAUAAAAUUAGCAUUUACUCUACCAGCAUCCUCCUAUGCUACAAUGGCUAUUAGGGAGUUGCUGAAGACUUCAACCUCGGUCACGUAUCAGAAAACACUCGAUUGUUAAUUUUGUUAUUGACAUCAAUUCUUUAUGGGGAAUCUUCCAAGCCGCAUCUUAGAGGAGUUGACAUAGUUAAGCAACAUGAGUUGUAUUGCAUUUAACAGCCCAAAUGAAUCGGCAUUGAGAUAUACCAUGCUGCUCGGCCUGCUCCCGUUCGGUGCAUACUGAAUUGCUGAUGCACGUUUGUGCUAUUGUGGGGGUUAAAAACUUGUUUUGCCACUAGAAUAUGUGGCAUGCCAUAAUAUUGUAUGAACUUUUGUAACCAAACAGGGAUAUUAAAGUUGAGAACCCUUGCGAGGUUUCCUUCUUGUCUGGGUUUUGAAUUUUUA